AUGUGUACUCUGGCUCGAUGUGGCAAUGUUGCCACGAAAGUGAUUUGCGGUUCACAAGAGCACAGCAGUUUUGUAUUGGCUACACCUCUUAGCAAGAUUACUCCCAUCAAGGAUGUUGUUACCGAGUUCAAAACAAUUGACUCUUUGCAAGCAGCAGCAACUCGUAGUACUCGUCAUGGUGGAUUGCUGUCAUCAAACAUCGCAACUAAGGGAAUUAACGUGUCUUCUCGUCGUUUCGCACAUACCGAUAUAAAAUUCCCGGACAUGUCAUAUCAUCGGCGCGAGUCGACUUUGGACACCAAGAAGAGCGCCCGCGAUACGGAAGAUGAGCGCAGGUCCCUUGCACAUUCUAUAUAUUAUGGUGCCGGUGGUAUGAUGGCAUUGUGGGCUGCAAAGGAAUCGAUUCAAGUUUCAGUUAUCUUUAAGGGAAUGGCUGCCGAUCAAGUCGCUCUGGCAUCGAUUGAGGUAGACUUGAACGAAAUACCAGAAGGUCAAACGAAAACAUACGAGUGGCGCGGAAAACCUAUUUUCGUGAAGCAUCGUACGAAAAAUGAGAUUGCGAGCUAUAUUGCGACGAACCAAAAUCGCUUGGAAAUAUUGUCGUUUAUGGAGGCCGUGAACGUCUCAGAAUUGCGACAUGCUGAGCAUGAUGACCAACGUGUUAAAAAGGACGAAUGGUUGGUUGUACUUGGUGUUUGCUCUCAUCUUGGAUGCGUGCCUACUGUGAAUGCUGGUGACUACGGUGGCUACUUCUGUCCAUGUCACGGUUCUCAUUUUGAUUCUUCUGGUCGCAUAAGAAGGGGACCAGCACCGCUGAAUCUUGAAGUGCCACCUUACACAUUCAAGGACGACCACACCGUUGUGAUAGGCUAG